AUGCCGUUAAAACAGUUUAAAAGGAUUCCAAUUUAUGUUGUCGAAGAACACAACGAUGCCUUACAAUUUAUAUACUCGGCCAUCGGUGGAAAAAAGUUGCCCUUAGAAGGAACAGCUCUUCUUCAUCUUGACGCUCAUCCAGAUAUGCUUAUUGAUCGUAAAUUGAAAGGAACGGAAGCACGGUCUGGAAGAAAUGUACUGCCAUUACUACAAAUAGAAAAUUGGAUUUUACCAGCAAUCGCUGCAGGUCAUAUCAGCCAAGUUGUAUGGCUGAGACCACCGUGGGCAAGACAGUUCUGUGAUGGGACAAGGCCCAUAUAUGUAGGCGAUCAUCCCACAACGGGUGAACUUCGCGUCGACAGCAAAGAACCUUACUAUCUUUCAGACGCAUUGUAUUCAGCACAUUUAAAAAAUAAGAGAAAGUUUAUUUUUACUUCAACUGAACUUUCUGACACCUCACUAGCAGGAGAUGAGAUCAGUAAUCAAAGAUACUUAGAAAAUCUGAAUAUAAGUCAACCUUAUGUUCUUGAUAUCGAUUUAGAUUUCUUUAGUACAGGAAAUCCUUUUCUAAUGUUGUACGAAAAUAUUAAACUUUAUGAUCGGUUGUUACCCAUUUUUGAUUUUGAACUUCCUGACACAGACGACGAUGAAACGAUAGCUAAAGUUGUCGCAUCCCGAGAACACCAACUCGAGCAACUUGAAAAGUUGUUUCAACAUCUUGAGCAGGAUAAUAACUUAGAUAAAUAUGAGGGGGAGAAAUCGCGGCUGUAUAUAAUGGUUGCAGAGUUGAGUGAAGCGAUUUUAUCAGAAGCGGAAAGAUUAAAAGAAGAGCCAGACUGGUGGGCAGUAUUUGCUGCAGGUUGUACUCGAGACCAAGAUGGAUUGCCUUAUCACAUCAGCUCUAAGGAAGAAAUACAGCGAUUGGUGAAAAAUGCUCUAGUUCCUUUAUUGAAGGGAUUACCCCCACCAGUUUUAAUCACAGUUGCUAGAUCUACAGAGGACGGGUAUUGCCCUCCGCAACAGGUUGAUUACAUUCAGUCUUUUGUGUUGGAAGCCUUGAAAGAAUUAUAUGAUACAGAGGAACCAGCGCUUCAUUACCUUACUGCUAAUACUUUAAAAUAA